GAACGCAUCAGUGGUAGGAGUACAUUAACUGUUACCGCGUCUGGUUGACCUCUCUUCGUGGUGAGAGGAUUCCCCUGGAUUCCUGCUUAAUGGACGAGACUGGGAAUGUUUCUGCUUCCAUUUCAAACAGACAGCCAGUUUCCGAGUUAAAUUUUAAAGUUUUACUGGAUACGAACGGUGCUAGUCCGUGUUUAAGCUAGCGACUCAUUUCCGGAACGGGAUGAGGGCGUUUUAGGGUACCUUUCGAAUAAUAGAAGUUUACUGGACUUGUGGGGGGUCGGUGGUUAUGCUAAGCUUUAAAGACUAAUGCAGAGAAAAGAGGGAGACGGAUGUAAGAAGGAAGAUGAAAGCAGCAGAGUCCAGGAGAAGAAGGGAUUGAGAUGUUUUAGUCAUGACUGAACUGCUGUGGAUUCUCACCUGCCUGCCUCUGGUCCUGACAGCAAUGAUUGAGCUCCCAGCACCAUCCAACGUCACAGUGACCUUAGAUCAUACGGGUUAUAUCCUGAGAUGGGAACCUGGAGCAGGAACCCCCGCUGGAACGUCAUUCAGCGUUACAACCAGUAGAACCUCAAGUCAACCCAAGGAGAUCCCAGUAUCCAGCUGCAAGCAGGUCCAGAAUCCGCUGGUCUGCAACAUGACUGAGGUAUUUACAGACCUAACGGAGACCUAUAAAAUCCAGGUGAAAGCUCACCUAGGGAAAAAGACAUCCCAGGCAGCCGUCCUUGAACAAUACAAACCUAUCGCCCACCUGCCUCUGCCCCGGCUGAACGUCACGCCCUGCAGCUCCAACCUCUGCGUGGACUUUCUGGUUCCAUACAAACACCUUCAGGAGACCUAUAAUCGCAUACAUUACCAGCUUCAGAUCUGGAGCGGCGGUCACAAAGAAGUCAAGGACCUGACCAACCCAUCCCUAAAAACCCAGAACAUAACGGAUCUGGCUCCGAGCAGAGAGUACUGCUUCUUGAUCCGGUUCGCAGACAGCGUGCCUAAUUUGACCUCCGACUUCAGCCAACCUGUUUGCCAUUCCACCCCGGGAAUCUUUUCUUCAGACCCGGUAGUCUCUGCAGUGGUGUGUUUAAUGGCGCUGGCUGUUAUUGGUGUCUUCGCUCUGCUGUUCUGGACCGGCUUCAUCUGCCUGAAAGGGAUGCCGAUGCCAUCGGUCCUGACCUCCAUCAGUCAUUUAGAAGAAGUCAGAGUUUCCUCCUGCAGAGCCUCCCUGUCCUCUCUGCUAAACAUCAGGUUGGUGGCGCCACCUGUUGGCAGGAAUAGCUCAAGCCACUUGUUUACGGAGGAGCGUGAUGAGGAGAGUGGUACAGAGACCUCUAGUAGGAACUCCUCAGGAGCAAAUUACACUGUGCGGCCAGGCACCAACCUUCUCUCCUCGUCCUCAUCUUCAUCAUCUUUGUCUUCCAAAAGUAAACCUCCACCCAGCUCCAGUUCCUGCUCCAACCAGACACCAGACAGCUCAGUGCUGCAGCCUGAAGCUCCAGCUGCUGCAGAAACCCAGGCUGGAGCUGAGCAGAACCCUCUGAGAUCUGACAACUUAAUAAGUGUGAGAACUGAGGAGGAGGAGAACGAGGAGGAGAAGAACGAGGGUGAGAUGGUUGAACAGGGCGUGAACCUCCUGACUUUAACAUUCGGCUGGCCGGAGAAGCAGAAUGAGGAGGAAGACUUUCCAGAUGUUCUAGAGGAGCUCAGUGCUCCUGAUCUUCCUCUGGUUCUGCCUUCACAACCUGCUGCUGUAGCGUCAUCCUGGACGUCUGAUGAUGAACUACAAUCAUACGAAGACUAUAAAUACAUGAACAGACCUUCUGCAGAUGUUUCUGAACGUUUGAUGCGCUUUGAUCAUGCUUAGACCAGGCUGAAGCUGCCUGGAGCAGCGAGGCCCGUCACGCCACACAAACAGGACCGUUUUCAGUUAUAUUGACUCAGUUCUGGUUUCAACACAGCUCAGAAACUCAUUUUUAUUCACCGAUUGUUUCUUUCCAGUGGGUCCAUAGACCCCUGCAGACAUUUCGGUACAUGACCGCACAGUUUCCUGUGAAAACCUUCUCUCUGGUAGCAGUUAAACUGCUUUCUAGACCUCCAACCAACGGGAUCUCCAUGGCUGGAGUCUGUUCAGGUUCUGCCCUCAGACUGCAGCCCACAAUCACAAACAGAGGACAACCAGAACCUCUGCCUAGAACAUGAACACUCUGUCAUCUGAAGGAUAAGAACCUCCUGUUUGGGUUCACGUUUACUUAAAUAUGAUGAACCAAGCCUUGCACCCAUCUCAGUAUGUCUCCGUCUGUUUGGUGGUUCCCCACAGGUCCGAUCCAGGAGGGUGUCCUGGUUUCUCUUAUCUAGGCGAGGUCUCCUGUCUGCUGGUUUGCUGUAGUUUUCUGGCUGUUUUAUCUAACAGCUGGUUAGCUGGGGCGUCUGCUCAGGUAAAACCUGCAGGCGCUGCUGUAGCUUUGAAACUGGGUCGCAGUUUCAAAGCUACAAUAUGCAUGAAUCAAACCGCACCACCAGGAAACAGAACCAGCACAACAACCGGAUUUUCAAAAUAAUUCAUUAAAGAUGGACUAGAUAUCACUAUAUUAAUAAAUACACACAUAUAUUUAUAUAUGGAUGUGUUAUAUUAGCAGUGGUUUACAUUUGAUCAGUUACUGGGUUUACUAAGGUAUUAUAAACUGAGCCAUUAAACAUUAAAUGCACCAAACUAAGCAACAAAUAUAGUUUUGCUGCACUCAAAUAUCUGGAUGCAUAAAACGAUAAAUGAAGCAGUUUAACCUCCACAGAAUGAGUAGCUUUGGACUUUUAUUGAACUUGGACUUGAAUUCAGAGGUUUCUUGUUUGAAGCAGUUUGCCGAAAAAUAAUCUGUCUACAACUGGCUGUUCUUGGUGGGACCAGCCCAUUUAAUGUCACAGCUGUCUUUUAUCACGUCUUUAAUCCUAAUUUCAAUAUCUCUCUUUCUUGCCUCUUAUUUUUUCCUGUUCGUUUCCGUGUCCGUAGCAAUUGAAAUAAUCCCAAAGCAGAUUCUAAUAAAGUUUCUUUUAUAAAUAUCAAGCAGAGCAUUAAAGCGUUCGCCGCAAUGCUCCACUUGUGAAAGAGGAGAAAAGGAGACCUGGAUCAUGGCUGAAGGAACGAGAUCCCACAACUUCUCGUCGGGUGUUUGAGGCAGGUCAGAGGGGAGCUGCUGCUCCUCCUCCACGUGAACUUUGAUCCCGAACACAGAUUUCUGCCUCUGUCCUUUUCUCAUUCAUUGCCUUUCAUGCUCUUGAGUUUUCUCUGGUCGGCUUGGAUGUUUUGAUCUGUUCAGGUCCAGCCGAUGGGAACGGCCAUCUUGUUUCCUCUCAGUCUGCUGCAGCAGCUCAUUAUUGCCUCAUGUUUCACUUUAACCGCUCAUCUCCACGUUUGCACCAAGCAAGUUGAUUUCAGAUUCAAUGCUUUUAUUUUUUUUUACAUUUACUUGAUGCCAAAAGGCCAGUAAUGACAGAUUAAUGUACUUUCUGGGUAUUUUAUUUUGUGCAAAGCCUUGAUGUUCAGCCGUUAAUGAAAAUGUUUUGUUCCUGCUUCACUGAUUGCGGUAUUUUCUGGUUGUUUUAUAAAGGUUUAAUAUUUUUGCUGGUAAAUGAAAUAUUUUUGCUGCCAGAUCUGUGAUUUUUGUUCCCGGGUGGAAUUUAAAAUAAUGAAUCAUGAACAGCUGCACAAGAAGCAUCAUUUUCCCUCAUGUGACGGUAAACUGAAAACCAUCCGGUGCUCUGAAUACUCCAGUCCUUUCUGUUGUGUUUGUGCUCGUCUUUAAAUGCAUCAAAGCCAAGAACUUGAAUCAUUUCUGGUCUAUAAACGCAUCAACCAACAACAUGUACAUUUUAAUGAGCCUAAUUAAAAUCAUGUAAGGUUUAGGGACAGAGGAUAAGAUGUAGAAAUCAAGAAAAUUCUUUGUUUUUGUUGCUGCAUUUAUUUCUGUUAAGUGGAAAAAUGGAGCUCAGACCUCAGAUGAAACCAGAAGUUGGUUUUGGGCAGGAAAACCCCUGAUGGUUGCGUCUCUAGUAGUUAUUGUGGAUCAGAUGUUUCAGUCCUCAGCAGAAACAAACUCCUGACUGUCUCCUCUGUAAUUCUGGCUCAUUCAGUACAUUUACAGAUGGAUCCAUUAAGGUUUACCAAAACCUCCUCGUGUCGCCGGGUAAACUGGGUGAAAGAACAGCCAUGUCCCAUCCAGAACUACCUUCACUUCACAUGUUGCUAAAUAAACCCAAUGAAGUAGCUUAAGAUCCAUUAUAUGUCGAAGAAAGCUCCGUUUGUUUCUCCUGACGUUACGCUCAAGCAUUCAUCGCCUCAUUUUGUUCAACUAAUCUUUUUCCUGUGAAGGUUUGAUGACGCCGCAUGUGACGCCAUCUGAGGCAGAUUUUCUAGUUUUUGUAUUUUGUCCUGAUAACAGGAAACCGAUGUAUGAAAAUAAAUUGUAUAAGAAAGGA